AUGCGUGUGUGUGUGUGUGCAAAUGAGGUCAAAGGAACUCGGAUUUCAGGUGGAAGCCCUGCGGUCCAGACCACCGUUGGGUGUAGUUUCAAGGAGACAGGGUUUUUUGCCUCGCAACAACAAAAUGGAAUUCUUGGGUUGGCGCCUGGCUCCGAAGUCCGGCCGACGUUGAUGUGGCACAUGACGAAGCAGGACCACAGAAGCCGUGACCGUCGUGCUUUCAUUCUAUGCUUGAGAGACAGAGGUGGAUUCCUGAUGUUUGGGAAGAAACGCUCUGACAAAGUGACCAGAAUCCAAGUACCGCUAGAAGUAAGUCCACAGGGCAAAUAUAGCAUCAAGGUCGAGGGCAUGAAGGUCAAUGGAAAAACAGUGGAAACAAGGCUGGGAAAAGCUCAAUUGGAUUCAGCGUCCACGCUGACAUAUUUGCCGGCGCUAGCCGAAAAGUUGGUGCGGAAAGCCAUUGAGGAGCAUUGCAAAAAGAAUCGCUGUGGACAGCCACCGAGCUCAAGUGGUGACGAGGCAAGCAGAAGUUGCUGGCGUGGGCAAGGUCUUCAGAAAUUUCCAGUGCUGGCUUGGCAAUUGCAAGGAGUGGAGGUCCAGUGGAUGCCAAGCCAAUAUCUUCUUCGUCAAGAUGGCUUUAGGCUUUGCUACACCUUUAGACCAACUGAAGUUCUGCCAGACGGGUCGCAUGUUGUUCUGGGAGCUUCCUGGAUGAUCAAUCAGGAACUUCUCUUCGACAUAGAUGGCAAGCGUCUUGGCUUGACAAACUCCAGCUGCAAGAUCCCACCAGCCCUACCACAUCCACAGAAGAAGAACCUGCGAGGCAGUCAUGUAGAACUUGAAGGAAAACCAGACCGUCGUGUUGCUACCUUACCAAAUUCAUCUUCUACCUUGGUGCAAAUUAGACAGCCAAUGACGGGUGAAGCUCUCGAGUUGUUGCCAGUACGCAGUCUCCAGAAUUCAGGUAGAGCCUUUCCUGCAGCCGCGGAACUUUCAGAGGUCUUCCUGCAACCAGAGACUGAGAUCUGGGUGCUCAGAACUACUGCAGGACUUAUUCUGGCCAGUGCCUGCGCUGGGCUGUUUUGCUUGCGCAGGCGCUUGUGGUCCAGAUGCUUAAAAGGCUGCUUCCGAACUUGCUGAUUUGACCCGCAGAUGGCAAAGAGGGAGAUGCGUUGCGCGCGAAGAGACGGACUGAAUCAAAGACGAGGAAAUACCAAUCCCAAAGACUUGCGGUGACGGAAGCAAAUGUGGCAAAGUCUGACUAAAGUGUGUCCAAGAUGUCCAAGUGCGCUUGCAGAGCUUGAAGAUUGCACACCUUGUCACGGUUCGCGCUUGGAAAGUUCAAGAACUUGCUGCCAUGUGCUCGCACAGAGUCUGAUCCCUCGGUGAAUCGAGUAGCGCCGCAACACCUCUAGAUGUUGUCUUAGAUUCUGAUGAUUUAGAUAUAUUAUGAUAUAUUUAUAUAGAAUUAUUUAGAUGCAUUGUGGCAAAAAAGAGCCAGCUCUCGGGCACAAGCGUGACAGUUGGACGUCAAAGUGCGUGCCGCUUGACUCGGAACAAGCAAGUACUAGCCACAACUGAUUGCCAAGAGAGCUGCGAAAUGAGCAACGAUUCUUCCAACAUCUAAUUCAAAGAGCCAAAACCGACAAAAUCCAUUUUUUUCACUGGAAGAGAUCAGAAA